AUGGCGAAGAAAGCUGUAUUGAUUGGGAUCAAUUACCCAGGAACCAAGGCGGAGCUACGAGGCUGCGUCAACGAUGUCCGGAGGAUGCACAAAUGCCUCGUCGACCGCUUCGGAUUCCCCGAGGAAAACAUCACCGAGCUUAUCGAUACUGACAACUCUUCCACCAAACCCACCGGGAAAAACAUCCGAAAAGCGUUGCUGAAUCUAGUCGAAUCGGCUGAUUCCGGCGACGUUCUCGUCGUUCAUUACAGUGGUCACGGGACGAGAUUGCCGGCGGAGACUGGUGAAGACGAUGAUACUGGUUACGAUGAGUGUAUUGUUCCUUGCGAUAUGAAUCUUAUCACCGAUGACGAAUUCAGGGAAAUUGUGGAGAAGAUGCCCAAAGACGCACACAUUACAAUCAUUUCAGAUUCUUGUCACAGUGGUGGUCUCAUUGAUGAAGCUAAGGAGCAGAUAGGAGAGAGCACGAAGAAGAUGACAAAGAAAGACUCUUCAGGACUUGGAAUCAAAGGCUUCGUGCUUAGUGCUGUGGAAGAAGCAAUGGAAUCUCACAAGAUCAAAGAGAUUGAGCUAGAAGAUUGUGAAAAGGUCAAUGUGGUCAACAAAUCUCUGCCUCUGCAAACUCUAAUCGACAUCCUCAAGCAAGACACAGGAAGCGAAGACAUCGAAGUUGGGAAAAUCAGACCAACACUAUUCAACGUGUUUGGAGAAGAUGCAUCACCAAAGGUGAAGAAAUUCAUGAAAGUGAUACUAACGAAGCUGAAAGAAGGUAAAAGCGAAGGUGGUAUAAUGGGAAUGAUUGGGAAACUAGCACAAGAUUUUCUUGAACAAAAGCUCAACGACGAUGAAGAGUAUGCGAAGCCUGAAGAGGUUUAUGCAGGUGGAAGCGAUGGUUCUCUUGCUGAUAACGGUAUUUUGAUCAGUGGUUGUCAAACUGAUCAAACUUCUGCAGACGCAAGUCCUCCUGGUCAACCUGAAAUGGCGUAUGGAGCAUUCACAAACGCUGUGCAGAUCAUACUUGAGGAGACGAAAGGUGAGAAGAUUAGUAACAAGGAACUUGUUUUGAAGGCGAGGAAGCUUCUUCAGAAACAGGGGUUUGCUCAACGACCAGGGCUUUAUUGCAGCGAUACUUAUGUCAAUGCUCCGUUUAUUUGUUAA